UGUAAGCAUGAAUGCAUCAGAGAUGAAUGUAAACAUCAUCUUUCCUUCCAACCUAAAAAAACAUUUUCGCUUAUUAGGGAUUUAAACGAUGCAAGAAUUAAAAAAUAUGAACGAGGAGGAACUUUGUACUUUAUUAAAUGACUUGAGAAUAUUGAAACAAAAGGGCGAGUUGGACACUGAUGAGAAAUUAGCGCAGCAAGCUGUCAAAUGGCGAAAUACUUUGGAAUACAGUGUUUUAGAAACAUGCGUCAGGAAUUACAGCGAAAAGUGCAGAUUGGAGACGUUGGCACUUUUAGUGGAAUCAAAGAAAAGCACGUUAUAUUUUACCCGCAUGGAACUUGAUAUAAUCCUAUUAUUUCUAAAGUAUAAUAUGUGCGAGAAGAUGGAAUAUGUACCCUUAGUCAAGAAGGCUUUGAAGCGAUUGAAAGACAGUUUGGCUGUCAUGCAGAGACACCUGACUCAAGAAGAAAACAUGAGAAAUCGUCUUAAAGAACAAAAUAAUCUUACCGACACAUAUGAAAAUACUUUGGCUUUAUCUUACAAAAUGUCUGAGCAAAUUGAACAAAAUAUAGUAGGUUACACUAUAUUUGUUGUAAGCUUGCGUGAAGUUUGCGUGAAGAAUUUGUAUCCAGAUGCAACAUACAGUCGUAGACGAUCUAGCUUGCAAAUACUUUUACUUGCGCAACAGACACUUUGUAAUGAAUUCAAAGAUAUAAAAUGGAGUAAGGAGCAAGCCAAAACGAUAUUUCAAUGUUUAUUGUUGGAUACAUAUGAGCCAAAUAAGGAAAUGGCAUAUCAAAUAUUAAAACUUAUGGAUCCAGUGUUAUUGUCCUUAGAUUUGGAAUCUGAGGUUCAAUUAAUAAUUAAAGUUGCGCUUGAAUUAGGUAGCAGCAUACGACCCAUAGACAGUGUUACAGCUGCAUAUAUGUUAAAAGUGAUCCAGUUAUCUCCUGUCAUCAAAAAUAUACUUUGCGAUUAUUGCAAUGUAGAAGACAACAUUACAGAGGCAAUAACAUUGCGAUUGGUGCUGCUGUUGUAUACAAAAUUGCAUGAAGCAUUAACUGUAGCAAAACAGAACAUGGGGAUGGCAAUUGUUAAAUGCUCUUUGUAUGGAUAUUUAUUUUGUAUGAGAAGUUUGCUUUCUGAUUGUGAUUUAAGAGAUGCAGGAACAGACAAUUUAUGGCGAAAUACCAUAGCUAAUAUCAUAUUAUUGUGCUUUGAAUUAAAUCAUACUGUUUCUGUAAUAGUAAAUAAUUCUUCACCGGAAGGACAUUUGCCUAUGGACUUGAAACUAUUAAACUUUAAUGAUGAUACAUCAUUUCCUGAGAAAGAAACUAUAACACCGCAAAUGGUAUUAUUGUGUUCUUGGCGUACUGUUAAAGAAGUCAGUCAGUUGUUUGGGCUACUUGUCAGCAAGGCAUCGAUACAAACUGAUGAAUCUGUAAAUGGAUUAUUAACGAAGCAACAAGUCGAGCAUAUAAUGAAACAUCUGGUUUCAUUAUUAUGCGAAACAAAGCACAGAGGUGCAUUUGAACAGGCGUAUGUCGGUUUUUAUCAAGUAUGCACACGGCUAUGGAGAUUAACAAACACGACUUUAAAUACACUUCCUAUACAUUGGUUGUACGAUAUCUUAAUAGGUAUUACAGGAUUAAUGCCAGGGUAUUCAAAAUUAUGUGCAACAAGAAGAAGUGCUGGAGUACCAUUUAUGAUACAGGCAGUGUUAUCAUCAGAAUCAAAAACUCAUGAUAAUUCAAAUGUGCCUACAUUUGAUUCAAUUAUGAAAAUUUUAUUACAAUUUUCGACGCUCGAAAAUACAAUUAGUUGGCGAAAAGUAAAGUGCAUAAUGCAUGAAAAUACAAUAUUUUCUAAAUAUGAGCAUUCUAUAAUAGAAAAUAGAAAUGAGGACAAUUAUAAGGAAGCUAAUUUUAAUGUAACUGAGAUAAAAACUCAUUCUAUGAACAUUCUUAGAGCUUUAUUUAAACAUUCUCAACUCGGAGAUAUGGUCAAGAAUUAUAUUGCUGAUGGUUUGAUGGUGGCAUUCAGAAAUUAUGAUAGUAAAACAUGGGCGGAACGUAAUGCGGCUACAUUACUGUUCAGCGCGCUUAUAAUUCGAAUUUUUGGCGUUCAAAGGACCAAGGAUCACAUUAAUUUGACGACAGAUAACAAAAUGACAGGGAGAAUAUUUUUCGAAAGAUAUCCUCAGCUCCUGCCUUUUAUUCUGAGGGAACUAGAUAUUUUCGUAUCGAUUAAGGAUAUCAUGAUAAAAUCGAACAUACAAGCAAUUUUAUUGUUAUUGUCACGGUUGUAUAUUAAUUAUCACUUUGAUGGAAGAGAUGUUGUUUGGAAGAUGGUUAUAAAUGAAUUUGUUAAUUUUAUAUCGCAAUGCGCUAAAAGCCCUGUGCAUAAAACACGUGAACUUGCAGCUAGAGCACUGGUGCCAUUUUUAACGGAGAACACAGCUCACAUUUUUGUGAAAAAAUUGCUUUUAACUUUAUGUACAGCGCGAGAUACUCAGAUUUCAGCAAAUUUAAUACAUGGUUAUUUAUUACAGAUAUUAGAAAUCUUAACAAGAUUGCCAUUUGUUGAGUUGUUGAAAUCUGAUGUUACAGAUUUUUUAAACUCAACAGAUUGGAUAUUAAAAGGAUUGGAGAAAAAAACCAGUGGAUUUGGUUGUUUUCCAAUAGCUACUGUAUACAUCGAUAUUCUUCAUGAAUUAUACAAUUUAGAUCAAAAUGUAAUUGAAAGCUGCAAAAUGGAGGCUAUAUUCCAUAGAUUGCGGCAACAUUUAAUUGAAAAGAAUCUAUUAAUACAAAGACCUGGCGAACAAAUGUAUAAAAUAUCUGUAAUCAAAUUUAUACUCUGCGUUGAAAAACAUUCGAAUUUCUUACAAACAAUAUGCAAUGGACAAAGUGAAGCAUUCAACAUAUAUUCGCAGCUUUUGAUCGUACCAGAGGCAGAGAUACAAACCAUCGCAUGGACCACUGUUUUCAAAGUACUCAAGAAAGAAUCUUGUCAGCAAAGAAACAUACUGAAUACUUAUACUAUUGACGCAGUUGCCAAUUUUACUCAAGAUUUAUAUAAAUAUAAUCCUAAAUUGCAAGAUGCAGUCUUCGAUUUCUUGUAUAAUUGCCUAAAUGAGUGUGAUAUUGGCCAUAAGCAAGAAAUUUGUAAUUUAGUAUUGAGAAAAAUGCAUUCACAUGAUGCGAAUAAUAUUUAUUCUCAACGUAUUUGUUACUUAAGAUUGCUAGGCAAAUGUAUGGUGACAUUAAUUCACGAGUUGAAGAAUGAAGAGCUUAGGAUGGAAUAUGAAGAGGAUAUCUAUAGAAAAGUCUGUGAUAGUGAUUGGAUUGGUUCAUUAAGUGAAGACCUUAGGUCAUCGAUUUUUGAUAUAUUGUAUGAUCUUUUUAAUAAGGACAAUAUCAAUUCGGAACAUUGUCAUCCCACAUUAAAUUGGUGGACGAUGCUGUUGCAAUUAUUAAUCGACGAUAAUGCGGACAUUCGACACGAGGCAAUCAUAUUAAUUAGCAAAAUUGAGCCAGGCAACACAUUGCAGUGCAUGGAGAAUACUUUGUCGAUAUUUUUCCAAAAGUUUAAUGAAAUAGUCGCUAAUAAAUAUCCCGAAAUAGCGAUUAGCGCUCUGUUCUGUUGGAGCAUUUCGUUAUUAGGGGAUGCAGAUUACGAAAUGGACGAAACAGAUGUGUUCAACAAAUGUAGGAAUUACGACGUUUUCGAAUCUGUGAAGAUAUCAGAAUUAUGCUUCGACUUGACGAAAUUGAUAAUGCAACGAUAUUCCAUUGAUAUUGCGUUACCACCUGAUGCUGUGAAAUGGAUAAAUUAUCGCUUAGACACUGAUUUCUCGGUAUUAUCAUCGUUUGAAGAUAUUGUGCGUAAUUACAGAAACAACGUGCCGACACUCGAAAGAAAGCUGGACGAAAUUUUAGAUCCAACGUACAAAGACAAAUUAUUGCAAGUAUUAGCAUACGAGAAAUAUAUUUCGCUUUAGUGCCACAAA